AUGCGAGACAGUGAAAAGAAACGGCUUCAUUCGGGACGGAAUUCAUCAGCGGCUUGGCCACCUCCUCAGGCGCCAUCCUACACUGCACCAUACCGUGAGGCACCCACCACCACCACCGCUGUGCUGACUGCACCCACCCCUGUGCAGAGUUACGACUUUGCUCCACGUACAACCGUUGUUCAAUCACAAGCAGAGCCAUCUACUCAGUACGUAUCACGACCACAGUACUCAACUCAGGUGCCGCUCGUCACGCCGGCCCGAGUCGAGGAGUUCGGACCGAGUGUGCACUAUCGGCCACUCCAACCCGAUGUCAUCUAUACUCAGGACAUGCAGCGAUACGACACCUACCACGAUUCAGUUUUGAAACUUGUAGAUCUCUUGGAAGCCGCUAAUCAACCAGAUCCAACUGUUCUUUCGACAGGACGAGUCGAAUGUCCAAAGGAUGAAGAUCCCUUGGAUAAGGUCAGAAAAGCACUGGAGGCUUUUCAACAAUUUCUACCUCCAGACAAAGCGGAAAAAGUUGUUAAAAUUUGCGGUAUACUGGAAAAGGCAGCAAACUGCAAGAGAGAUUAUCAGAUAAAGAAGCGGGCAUGUAUCCGGCAUCUACGUCGCUUCGACUCACUCGAAUAUAAAACACUCGUUGAAAAUCGUGAACAAUUCAACAAAGCUAAAUCCAACAUGGACAUGGCAAAGCACGAUGUGAAACAGGCGAAGAAUACAGAACAAAUCGAACGGCGAGCAGUACUUUACCAACAGACUGUAGAAGUAUUCGAUGAGCAUUGCAAUAAGCUUAUUAAAUUACUCGAAGAACUGCCAAGUAUCAAAGAAUCGCACUCGAAGGAUCUCAACGAACUAACUCGUUGUAGUCGUGAAUAUCAUCUUGCAAUGGCUGCUAUUUUUAAAUAA